AUCAUCACCAUCUUCAGCCACAUGGAUCUGUUGCAGCGCUGUCUUUGGAGCUCUCUGGGAGUGGUGGCUCUCGUCUAUGUGCUGGUCAAAUUCAGCUUGGGCUAUUGGAAGAGACGUGGAAUACUCCAUGUCAAGCCCAAGUUUCUAUGGGGCAAUAUUUCGGAGGUGCUGCGUGGCAAGAAGCAUGUCCAGCAGCUGCUCCUCUUCCUCUACGAGAGCUACAAAGGACGCGCACCAUUCAUCGGUUGCUAUGUACUAUUGAAACCUUUUGUGUUGGUCCUGGACUUGGAGCUGGUAAGGAAUAUUUUGGACAGUGAUGCGGGCUAUUUCACCAGUCGUGGACUCUAUAAUAAUGUGGCACGGGAGCCGCUGUCCGGCAAUCUAUUCCAAUUGGAUGGUCACAAAUGGAGACAGCUGCACGCCCAAUCUGCGCCAGCCUUUGCAGCCAGCAAUCUGCACAAGCUACUGCCACAGUUGUUGAAGACUUCGAGGACGUUGCAGUUGGAAUUAGGCGUGGGAAAGCAGGAUUUGAAUGUCAGCCAACUGUUGGACUGCUACAAUGUGGAGUCCAUAGCGAAGAUAGCUUAUGGUCUAUCCUCAGAGGAUCUAUCAGAGUUUUCCCUCAUGACGCGCAGCUACUGGAGUAACUGGAGCUUAUGGCGCGCCUAUUUAGCCUUAGAGCUGCCUCUGCUCGCACGUCUUGUGAGACACAGGAGCUACUCACAGCUAGCCAUGGAUUACUUCCAUAAGCUAGUCGAGAAGCAACUGCAGCAACAGCGCAAACGAGAUCGACAGCCGCUGCAAAGCUUUCUGCAGCUUUUCGACGCCACAGAUGAAGCCUUGACGGAUGCUCAGAUCGCGGCUCAGGCAUUUGGUUUUAUUCUAGCUGGCUUGCAGCCACUGAAUGCGAGUCUCGCCUUCUGUCUCUAUGAGCUCGCCUUGCAGCCAGAGCUGCAAGACCGCGUGAGAGCCGAAAUUAAACAAGUGAUGAAGGCAACUGAGGGACAGCUGACAGCAGAAGGACUCAAGCAACUCAGCUACACGAAGCAAGUGUUAAAUGAAACGCUUCGUCUACAUACGCCUUAUCCUUUUCUGCUGCGCCGUGCCACACGUGAAUUUGAACUGUCGAAUUCGAUUUUUGUCAUUGCUCGGGGCAACAACUUGGUAAUACCUGUAGCUGCUAUUCAUCGGGAUCCGACUAUAUAUGUAAAGCCCGAACGCUUUGACCCUGAACGAUUCAGGCCUGAGGCAGUGCUUAAAAGGCCAGGCAUGUCGUUUUUACCCUUCGGCGAGGGUCUGCGUGGCUGCAUAGCAAAGCAACUGGCAGAGCAGCAGCUGUUAAUUGGGUUAGUUGCCCUGUUGGAGCAUCACAAAUAUGAGCCUAGCGCCGAUACACAAAUUCCCAUGCGCUAUGAUCCUGGCAAGCUAGUGUUAAUGCCAAAAACGGAUAUCAAAUUAAGUGUGCAGUGGCUGGAGCCGCACUAAUGGAAAAUAGAAAAAAGUCGAUCAUCAUCCAUAAAUUCGCUUUCUUAAUAUUUGUAGUAAAAUUGUUGCUUUUGGUAUUGUUUUUAUAUGUUCUAUGUAUUUUGUAUCUGCUACUUUUUCAUAUAUUUUUAUUAUAAGCUAGGCUUGUGUGAUAAUGCUGACGUAUUACCUUAAAAACUUAGAUU